UGUGCAACGGAUGAUGAUGCACCUUUUCAACUCACCCUCAACGUGUAUUCACCCUUAUCGUACGGGGUAGAAAAUAAUACCCAGUAUUAGGCGCGCAUUCGGUCUGAUCCUUCAGACUUCCCGUCUUCGUGUACCUGGCGAGUUUAUAUCAUAAAUCUCAUGAUCCAAGCAAUCGUAUCAGGGUAACCUCUAAAAAGCAAAAGCGAGUACUCACAGUCUCACGUGCACCUUCGUGAAGUCAAGUCGGCGUGACUCUUCAGAAAACCACCGCAUCCUAGAAUAUCCUGGGCGACAGAUAACGUCGCCGAAGAAACCAGGAGGAGGAAAAUCAAACUUUGCCAAUUCGAAAGCAUGCCGAUCAGCUGUCUUACUCGCGAGGUCAGAGGACGGACGUCAAAGACUCCAUCUGUCAGAUCUGUCAUCAGAUCCACCUUCAUACAACUUAUCGCGGAGCGAUCUCUGUAAUUUAAUUACGCAAUUUAAUUAUACGAUUCCAGUCAAAGAAUCACCCAAUGUGAUAUUAUAAUAAUGUAAUAAUGCCUCUGUAGCUAAUCAACGAAUACGCGAGAUUACAACGCGCAGGUGUAUAAUUUUUUUAGAGCAGGGACCAGGAACAGCUGAUUCCUUUUAGAGAUUGAAGACUGAGACGUCUGGAAAAAUCUAGCCUCUUGGGCUAUUCUCUUUGUUUACUUUUGCUAAUCAAAUAAUCCCAAAAAUACGUCGUUUAUAUCUACAAGCAAUAUGACGCUUUAUAGGAACUGAUAUUCUAAAUUUAUUAACAAAAAAUCUUUAUACCUGGUAGACCUUCUACAGUCAUAAUGGUGAAAAUAGCACUGCAGAUUACAUGUAGACUAGACAACAUCGAGGAGCUGAGGCCAUCUGGAUCUGAAUUCAGGUGGUGCCUGAAGUUCACUUGCUGCAACUGCGGAGAGACAUCUGACAAGUGGAACUACGUCUCCUCGGACGACCCAGUACGUUCAGCAAUUCGUGGCAGUGGUGUCAGUCACUUUGUGAGCAAAUGCAAGCUCUGCUCAAGAGAGAACUCUAUGACGGUACUGGAAGACUCUAUCGAGUCUUUCAUAGAGAACGAUCAGGGACAGUUUAAGACUAUUGUUGUAUUCGACUGCCGAGGAAUAGAACCAACUGACUUCUCCGCGAGAGAGGGAUGGGUGGCCAAGGCUGCAGGAGGUAAAGAGUUUGAUGAGAUAGACUUGAGCGAAGGUGAAUGGGAGGACUACUGCGACAAGACUAUGCAACCUGUUGGAAUAUACGAGAUCAAGCAUAAGUUUGAAAGAAUUAAGUAGAUACACAAAUUAUACACGUACUUUAAUUGCCUAAAUUUUCCAAGAAUUGUUUUCUUAUCACUCAAAAUAAAGCGAUAACGUAUCUAUUGAGUGUAAAUAUGUAAAAAUACGAUAUUAAAAUAACGAUUUUCACGCUUCUUUAGCAUUUAUUAUGCAUAUAUAAUUAAAAAUUAUAUAUAAUGUUGUAUAAUAUAUAAAAUAUAUUGAUAUAAAAUUAUAAUCUCGUUGGAUUUCAAUUGAAUUGUGUGAAUCUUUGGGCUACGUAGAGUCCAUAUUGCGAUUCCAUCAAUAGGCCUUUGUGUGUAUCUGCGCCUGUAAUUAAUAAAUCAAUGUCAGAAAAAUAA